GAAUGUAAAGAGUACCACCCAGAGGAGAUAUUACCUGAGUUUAUAUGUUACCAGGAUAUGCUAAAAAAGGAAAAUGAGAAAGCGCAAGCACAUGCACAAGAUCAAACACAAGCAAAAAUUCAACCACAAAAAAUAGCAUCUUCAUCCCUUCUCCAAAUAAGUUUUACAGAAACUCCUGAUUCUAUUACCUCCAAUGGUACAAAAGCUGGCAAUGCGUUCCUUGGAGUAAUGAUAACUUCUAUGACCUCUGGUGCUUUAUAUAAAGUAU